AAGCUGCUGUGUUUGGCUUUAUCUGUGCUACUGAUGCUGGAAUUCUGUGCUUUGCUGCACUCUUGUGGGCAAUACACGGCUUUUUUUAAGCAGCUGAUAAUAGAGCAAAUGUUGAUGUGGAAAGCUGGGCUCUCCUCAACUGCUGCCUCCUCCUCCUCCUCAUCCUCCAACCUCCCAGCUCCACGCUGCUUCCUCUUCCUGCACUCGGCCAGCUCCCAGCACCUGUGAAGGAGAAGAUGAUGAGAGAUGAGACAUCUGAUACUGGCUGCCUGCUCAGUCCCUGUAUUGUCACUGCCGCACAUUCAUUCUGCUUGGCCACAAAGACUAAUCCUGCAAUGUACUGAGAUAAAGACUGCAUUCUGUGGAGCAUGGAGGCAAUUACAAUGAUGGGCAGUCCAAAGAGUAUUUCUGAAUCCUUUCUACCAAAUGGCACAAACGGGGUAAAGGAAGACAAGACCACUAUUGGGAUCUUAGGAAGUGGAGAUUUUGCAAAGUCCCUGACUAUAAGGCUUAUAAGGUGUGGAUUUCAUGUGGUCAUUGGAAGCAGAGAACCAAAAUGCGCAGCAGACUUCUUCCCUCAUGUCGUCGACGUAACUCACCAUGAGGAUGCAAUUAUGAAAGCAAAUAUUAUAUUUAUUGCAAUACACAGGGAACAUUAUUCUUCCUUAUGGGAUGUAAAACAUUUGCUCUCAGGAAAAAUUCUAGUUGAUGUCAGCAAUAACAUGCGGGUGGAUCAAUACCCAGAAUCAAACGCAGAAUACCUGUCUUCAUUGUUUCCAGAUUGCCAUGUAGUAAAAGGGUUUAAUGUUAUCUCAGCGUGGGCACUGCAGCUUGGUCCUAAAGAUGCCAGCAGUCAGGUGUAUAUUUGCAGCAAUAAUGUCCAAGCUCGUCAACAAGUUAUUGAACUGGCUCGCAAGAUGAACUUUAUUCCGAUUGACUUAGGAACAUUGUCUUCAUCAAGAGAGGUUGAGAACAUUCCUUUGCGCCUAUUCAGCCCUUGGAAAGGCCCAGUUGUCAUAUCGAUAUGCCUUGCUACUUUUUUCUUCAUUUACACCUUUAUUCGUGAUAUUAUUCAUCCAUACAUCAGAAAUCAACAGAGUGACUUCUACAAGAUUCCCAUUGAAAUUGUGAACAAGACUUUGCCGAUUGUGGCGAUUACCCUUCUAUCUCUGGUUUACCUUGCUGGUCUUCUGGCUGCAGCUUACCAACUCUACUAUGGUACCAAGUACAGACGGUUUCCUCCAUGGCUGGAGGGCUGGCUGGAGUGUAGGAAGCAACUAGGCUUGCUAAGCUUCUUUUUUGCAUGUGUCCACGUUGUAUAUAGCAUGUGUUUACCAAUGAGGAGGUCGGAACGUUAUUUGUUUCUCAAUAUGGCCUAUCAACAGGUUCAUGCAAAUAUUGAAAACUCUUGGAAUGAGGAAGAGGUGUGGAGAAUUGAAAUGUAUAUCUCUUUUGGAAUAAUGAGCCUGGGACUGCUCUCCCUGCUGGCAGUAACCUCUAUCCCAUCUGUCAACAAUGCCUUGAACUGGAGAGAAUUCAGCUUCAUUCAGUCUACCCUUGGAUAUGUUGCUUUACUGAUAAGCACCUUCCAUGUUUUAAUCUAUGGCUGGAAACGAGCAUUUGAAGAAGACUACUACAAAUUUUACACCCCUCCAAACUUUGUGUUGGCUCUUGUGCUCCCUGCUAUAGUGAUUUUGGGAAAGGUUAUUUUGCUCUGCCCAUGUGUUAGCAAGAGACUGAGAGGGAUAAAAAGAGGCCGGGAGAAAAGUCAUUUCAAGGAGAACACAAGCGGAUCAGCAGCCCACGUAUCUCCCGAGAGGGUCACAGUUAUGUGAUGGAUACUGGAUACGUGCUGUGCCUGAAAUUUUAAAUUAUACUGCCAAAGGACCUCCCAAAGGAAAGUUCUGAAAGUCUGCACGGCAGCGGAUGUUGAAAGCACCGCACCCAGUAUUGUUGCAGCUGCUGUCAGUUUUCCUGCUUAGGAACUUGUCCAUAUCAUGGAAGGAUCAUUCCAUAAGAUAAGUCUGCCUGCUGGAAGGGGAGAUACAGAUGAUCACACCUUCUUAUAGUAUUGUAACAUUUUGCCAAUAACAUUGGUCAUAUCAUGGCCACAAAUUGGACCAGGAAACUUCUGUAACAAGAUUCACGAAAGAGAGAAUCCAUAUCCUAAUAGCUUUCCAAUAUGAACAAAUCCUAUAAAUCAUAGGUGUGAUCAGAACAUUUAUGUUACAUUUAUAUUCUCUUCCAAGACUGUAUUUCGCAACAACCAGCAUUUACCCGCCAGAGCUACGUUACCAUAAUACUAUGUGAUUCCAACCAGUGGGCAUAAUGAAUAACUUUAGAACAACUGCUGCCAUCAGUGGAUCGUAAAUCGUAUCCAUGUUGCAAUACACAAAAUAUAUAUACUGGUCUAUUUAGGGCUACUGCUUCUGUGCUGGUAGAUUGAUACAAUGAACCUCGAAGAUAGUGGAUUUCCACAAAUGUUUCCUUUUCUUAUUGUGAGCAAUUUAAUGUCCAACAGUACGGUGAAAGAUCUCAUCUUGUUACAAGACUUUUAUGUAGCAGUUUGUUUAUUUCUUAUUCCUAGUGGACUGCUAAUUGGUAGUAACCUACAUUCAUGAUCACAUAACAUCCAGUAUAUGGUGCACUCAUUUGACUUCAGGCCAUACUGUCUGCUGAUGUCUAUCCAUUAAAUGCAUUUCUGUGCCAAAAUCGGAUUAAAUUUAGCUACACCAGUAUUUGAUAUUUGUAAUUACACUGGUCUUAAUCUUCAGUUUCAUGUAUUUUUGUGGAAUGGAUAUUAUGAAAAUGAACAUAACUAUAUAUAUAUAUAUAUAUGGUGAUAUUGCAGUGAAACUGUGUUUUUUAAUAGAUAAUCAUGACAGUUUUUGUAUAUUGAGCUUGUGCCAUAGUCUAUUUUACAUCCAGACCCAGGUGAAUGUUAUUUAAAGAAAUACUAACUGAAAUAAUGAAAAGUACAUCUAUGAGUGUAGAAGGACACAAAUAUUCUGAAUGUCUUAAAUAUUUUUACAAAUGUUAAACUGUACUCUUGUCAAAGUUUAUAAACCCGGUGUUUUCUGCAUUAUUUAUAUAGUUGGAAAUGACAUGUGUAACAGUGCUCAUCAUUGAUCCUGUUUUCUGGUAUUUCCUAAUAGUGUUGCAUGCCUUGGUGGCAAUCAGUGGGUCAAGAGAAUGUGAAAAUCAGUGUAAAAUAUUUCUAUAGAAAAAAAUUGUCAAUCCUGUAAACCUUCCGCAGUUUAUGAACUCUAUUUCCCAGGGUCCUCAGUUACAUGCACAGUUGGCAGCACUGUUGCAGAUAUAUAGCAGGGGGGAAUGUUGAUUUAGUCUUUCUAUAUUCCCCCAACACACAUACCAUAUAAAAAGUGCCAAACUGCAUCUUUAUGUUUUACCUUUGUGCAUUUUUUAUACAGUGCAAGCCUGUGUAUUACUGUUGUAUUGUUAAAAGAUAUAACAAGUUGAAAUAGCAGCUAAUUAAAUAAAUUAAUUU